GGACCUCAGAGUUUCACGAGACUUGGAAGGGAAUACAGCUUGGAUAUUCCAGUGCAUUACUAUUACUACUACUAUUAUUACUGUUAGUGUCACGUAAGGUCGUCAGGCUGGAGGAACAAGAGGAAAAACGACCCUUAUUGGCGGAUAAGGCCACCACCAUCACGACUACAACUACUACUAAUACUGCUUCCUCCUCCUCCUCUUCUUCUUCUUCAAGGACCUCCACGCUGGCCCGCUCAGACAUGAGCGAGGGGCGCGCGUCCUUCCACCGCGUGCGGGUGUUCGAGCUGCCGCGCCUGGACUUGGAGCGGCAAUUCAGCGGCGUGCGGGUGGUGGGCGAGGGGUGGCGCGCCUCGGUGGUGGGCGCCACGCACCGGGCGUCAGACACGCGGGUGGCGCUGAAGCUGGUGCACAAGGCGUCCACGCGGUGCAGGGACUUCUUCCGCGAGAUGCACUACAACUACUACCUCAGCCCGCACCCCAACAUCGUCACCUCCUACGACGCCGCCUUCGACACCGGCAGCGCCUACGUGUUCGCGCAGGAGCUGGCGCCCUGCGGCGACCUGUCUGGCGUGGUGCGGCGCGGCGGCGUGGGCGAGGCGCGGGCCAAGCGCGUGGUGGAGCAGGUGGCCUUCGCGCUGGAGUUCAUGCACACCAAGGAGCUGGUGCACCGCGACGUGCGCCUGCACAACAUCCUGCUGUUCGACAAGGACCUGCGGCGCGUCAAGCUGGCGGACUUCGGCGCCACGCAGCGCGCCGGCACGCUCGUCAAGAAGGUGGACGUGCGCGUGCCGUGGGCGCCGCCCGAAGUGUGCCGCGCCGUGUACCACGAGGGCUACCACGUCAGCACGGCGCUGGACGCGUGGCAGCUGGGGGUGUUGCUGUUCGUGCUGCUGACGGGCGUGUUCCCCUGGGCCGCCGCGGACAUCACGGACGCGCACUACACGGCGUGGGUCGCCUACAUCAAGCGCAAGACCAACAAGGUGCCGCGCCGCUUCAGGGCCUUCACGCCGCGCCUGCUGCGCCUGCUGCGCCGCCUGCUGCAGCCCAAGCCUGAGAAGCGCGCGGGCGUGCGUGAGGCGUACAAGUACCUGAGCGACGCGUGGCUGGCGCGCGGCGCGGAGCGGCUGGAGGCGGCGCUGGACGACAGCUCCUCAGAGGCGCCGGCGGGGGGCACACCACGCCCCCUGCAGGACGCCGAGGAGAAGCAGCGCCUGGCAGAACUACUGCGGGCGCGCGGCGUGCAGACCAGCGUGGACCGCAGGGAAGCCACGCGCCGCGUGUGUGAGUGGCUGCUGGCCUCCCACGCCCCCGCAACGGGCCAGCGCGGCAUGUAACCCACGCCGCGCCGCCCGCCGCGCCUACCACGCCCACCGUGCCAAAGACGACUGUGAUACCCACCCCCGGCUAACAGGCGGCGCCCCCGCCACCCCCCGCCCCCGCUCCCUGCCACAUAUCAGCGCCGCGCCCGCCUUUGUAUCAAAGGCUACCGCGCCCACACAUACACACACAUCCUGACAGACACACACACACACACACACACACACACACACACACACACACACACACACACACACACAGUCUUCCAGCGGGCGCCGCGCCGCCACUCUCGUGUUUUGUACCAGUGUUGUUAUGGAGGAACAAUAAUCAAAAUACAACUCAGCAAA